CAGGCCAGGCCGGCGGAAUACUGUUACCCCGACUUCCUUCCACCACCGUUCAACUCCUGGGACCUGCGGGACAUGGCUGUGCUUCUGAACGCGGAGCACAGACCCGGGGCCGUGCCGCGGGCUGCGGGGCUGCUGGGGAGGUACAUCGACAGGCUGGUCCAGCUGGAGUGGCUGCAGAGCCAGACCGUGCAGGGCGAACGAGGAAAGACGGCCAAAGCCAAGCCGCCCACCACGCCCGGGACCGCAGGGCUGAAAAGCCCUGGGAGAGGCCAGCUGAUGGCCAGCGCCCUGUCCAGGCCCCACCAGGAAGGGGCUCCCAAGUCAGGCCCUUCCCGAAGGAAAGGCUUUCACCGUGAAGAGGGGCGCCCGCCCUAUUACACGUUUGAGGCUGCGCCCGCGCCCCUCCAGGUGCUGAGCAGUAGCAGACUGUGUCCUCAGAAGCAGCCCCUGGACGUGAGGACAGAGGACAAGAAGAAGAAGCCCGGCAGGGGCGCCAGGCUGCAGUGCUGGGACCUGUCUGGCAGUGACGGCAGCCCUAAGAUUGAGAGCAGUGGCAACCUCCGGGUUCCCAGGCCAUCGGCUGUGAUCCGGGACUCCGCCGACUCCUACAAGGCCUGCAGAACACAAGCCCAUGCAAACCUUAGGAAAAAGGGAAACGCACAUAACUGCGGCCACGCCACCCUGUCCGGUGAGAAGAAACUCAAAACAAACGGAGGGAAGCAAAAUGCACAUAAAUUCAAAUAACCUCCGAAAGGACCGGGUGGGAAGACCCGCCGACCCCCAAAGGGUGGAGGGAGGGCCUCCAAAAGUUACAAUACUGUGAAUUGUCAGGGGUUUGAUGAUGACCGCAUUGAAGUAGUGGAUUGGUUGUUUAGUCCAUCUCCACCCCCACCAGGGCUCUUUUCAAAGCAAGCUGCCUUUUAGCAAGCCUUUCUCUGCAUUGAUAUAGUCUUAAGCAAAUGAUAGCCCUUCGGAUAAAAAUUAACCAAGGUCUUUGCCACAUAAAGGAAUAAAGAGACAACUCUUUGGGGAAGAGUCAGCUAAACCUCUGAAACCGCAGGCAGCUGUGUAGAACCCUUCAGCUCCCCACUUACUUCUCAUAUAACUACAUAUAACCUAGUAUAAAAUAGACCGUUUUAAAUGGGGUAGGAUCCGAAACGUCUGAAGCAAUCAGGGCUCUCGGCAUCGUCACCAUAAACCAUUCAAGCAGCAGUUCUGUCUGUUUCACCAACAGAAGCAGCUCCGGCUCUUCUUCAAGUUCAGGAGCGUCUAUUUUGAGCAAAGUCACUUAUCACAAAGCUGCUUGCUCUUUACAGACCAUGCAGCCUAGUGCAUUCAUACAUUUUUCUUGACAUGAGUUAAAAAAAAAAGGCAUUUUAAAUUUAGAGCUGAUAGUGAGGUCCGUUUUUGUGUUCUCUAAACAGGAUAAAAAGAGUGUCCAGACUUUGUCCAACUGAGGAGUCAGUGGGUGCAAGCAUGCUGUUGCUGUUUGGUGGUGGGGGGUAAGCGUGAAAUAUUUGGCACCCUAAAACCUCUGGCAUGCGUGACUUCUCUGAAGGGGAACCCCAGGAAAACCACCUUUUGGAGUUUGUAAAUGAAGGAGUUUGUAAAUGAAGGUAGGAACGCAUGGAACCACUUAGAAUCUGACCAGUACUUGGUCACUGAUUUGGGACCUGGAUCCUGCUGUCUGUACAAAAUAACGGUGCGUUCUAGUUUGAAGGAGCAGGUGUAUCAUCUUGCUGGGGGCAAGGGGAGAGGAUGCAGUUCCAGAUGGGGUGGAUAUCAAUAAAGUUACUGAGGUCUUCUUAGCAUCCUCACUGGGCCUCUGGUUUCCUGGCUCUCCUAAACUCUCAGUUAACUGCAGAUAGGGAACAUCUAAGCGUCCCUGUAGUUAUGCUGCGACUACGGUUGACAUUAUCAUGAAUACCUUUAAAACCUCUGCCUACUUCUUGCUAUACAGAAUGUUUUUUUUUAAUUUUU